UCUGAUUAUUGGAAUUGAGAAACAUGUCUUCUAUUCUUAGGUUUACCCCGUUGUAUGGAGUGAAGACUGAAGACUUAGCUGUUUGUUAUUUAUUGGAGAUUGACGACUUUCGAAUACUAUUGGAUUGCGGUUGGAACGACCGUUUCGAAGAAACUCUAUUGGAGCCUUUGCGUCGAAUUGCACCAAGAGUAGAUGCGGUUCUCAUCUCUCAUCCUGAUCUGUUUCACUUAGGAGCACUUCCAUAUGCAGUUGCAAAGUUAGGAUUACGUGCACCAACAUACGCAACAUUGCCUGUGUGGAGAAUGGGUCAGUUAUUUAUGUAUGACGCUCAUCAGAGUCGAGCUAUGCAAGAGGAUUUUCAAGUCUUUGACCUAGACGACGUAGACUCUGCUUUUGAAAAUUUUAUUCAACUUAAAUAUCAACAAAUAGUAAACUUUUCUGAACGAGGAAAAGGAAUAACUAUUACUCCUCAUCCCGCGGGGCAUAUGAUAGGAGGAACCGUUUGGAAAAUACAAAGUGAAACUGAAGAAAUUGUUUACGCAAAUGAUUUCAACCACAAAAGAGAACGACAUCUCAAUCCCACUACUCUUCAGUAUCUGACGAGACCGAGCCAUCUUAUUAUUAGCGCUUCACAAGCUCUAGUUCGUCCAUCAUCUUCCUCUUCCAUCUCUGGACAACAGUUUCCAAAAGGUUCACAGAUAUAUUCUAGGUCUAACCCUUUGACAGAAAUUUGUGAAGAAGCAUUGAGCACUUUAAGACAAGGAGGUGAUGUGGUGAUACCUGUAGACACUGCAGGUAGAGUUCUAGAACUAGCUCUUGGAUUCGAGGAUUUUUGGGCUACUGAAAAACUUGGGUCAAGUUAUGCUGUUGCCAUCAUUGAGCAUGUAUCCUUUAAUACCAUAGACUUUGCCAAAAGUAUGAUGGAAUGGAUGUCCGAUGCCGUAAUUAACAAGUUUGACACUACAAGAGAGAAUCCAUUUCAUUUAAAGCACAUUCAUCUGUGCCACAGUCGUUCAGAGUUGAGCUCUCUGUUGUCACCUAAAGUUAUCUUGACGUCGGUGGCUUCGCUUGAAUGUGGAUUCUCCAGAGAAUUAGUUGUAGAAAUGGUAUCGAAUAAGAAAAACAAAUUGAUUUUAGUGGACCGUCUAGAACCGAACACAUUGGCACAUUCCAUUUAUAAUGUACUAGAAGAUGAAUCAGAAGGGAAGACAGUUCAGUUACCUCGAAUUGCGCUGCGGUUGAAUAGGCGUGUUCCACUCCAAGGAGCAGAACUUGAAGAAUAUUAUGCAAAUAUGAAAACCUCGAAUGAGUCCGUUAGCCUUUUGCAAAACCCAAGUGAGAUGCAUUUCGAAAAUAGAUUGUCUUCAUCAACCGAAGAAGAACAGGAGGAAGAAGAUUUGAGCUCAAUGAGUGACGACGAAAAGGACAAGGCCACAAAUCAUUUUGGCUCCUUUUCUGGAGAAAGCAAGAUUGACAAAGCUCGUUCUGAAAUGAUUGUAUUCUCGAAUGCGCGUAAGCAGACUGAUGAUAUUUGGGAUGACUACGGUUUAGUAAUCGAUACGAAAUGUUUCAUGAUUGGUGAGGACCCAGGAGAGAUAGAGGGAGAUAGUGAAGAGUUUAGCGAGACUUCGAUGGACGACGCUUUGAAUAAUCCUGUGGAUUUUCGUGGUUUAUUUCAGGAAGACGAACAAGUUCCGACAAAAUGUAUUCAAGUAAAUGUCAACUUGGAGGUUGCUUGUCAAAUUAGAUAUGUUGGUUGUGCUGGUCUUUCAGAUGGUCGUUCGUUAAGGCAGUUGUUAACUGCUGUGGCUCCAAGAAGAGUAAUCAUUGUACAUGGGAGUCGUAAAGAAACUGCCGCUAUUAAAGAAUUUUGUGAACGAGGGCUCACCAAAGAUAUUUUCUGCCCCAGAGCAAUGGAAACAAUAGAUAUAACUACGGAUACUUCUAUCUUUAGGUUGACUUUAAGGGAUCGUCUCUUGUCAAGUUGCAUUUGGAAAAGGAUUGGAGAUUAUGAAUUGUCGUUCUUAGAUGGAACUAUCCGGGUAGAAAAUGAAUCGUCUCCAAAAGAGAAAGAAACAAAUGUAAGUCAUACUCAAGAAUAUGUUUUAGAGCAGCGUUCUUCUUUGGAUAGUGGGCAUCCCAUUGUAUUCAUUGGCGAAGGAAAGUUGUCCGAUUUGAGACCUGCUCUCAGUCGUGUAGGAAUUCCUUCCGAUUUCAUCGGCGACAGCGUCUCAAAUGGCAACUCUGGAAGGUCCAUUAUGCCCUGAUUACUUUGAAGUUCGAAAAUUGCUACUUCA